CGAUAUCGUGGAAGUACCUAGACAGGGUGACUUUGACCGUGGACAAAAAUGACAGUCGAUUACCCGGAUGAAUUUUUCAUUGCGGUCAAAUUGUGUUCGACGUUCGUAGGCCUGGGGUUACCCUCCCGAAACCCGAACGAGAUUUUAAGAAUCGUCUAUGCCCUGUACAAAUCGUGCCUGUUCCUUUUGGCUAUAAUUUUCAUGAUAUGCGAGCUAAUAACAUUUAGAGAGGCUUUCGGGGACACCCAAAUGCUCGUCAGCCAAAUCGGAAUGAUGUUCACCCACGUAGUUGGACUUCUGAAACUCUCAAUAUUAAUUUUGAAGCGGAAACAGAUCGAGUUAAUCCAGAGGAAACUUCAAAAUCGGGAAUUUUACUAUAAGACCUUAGGUAACUUCCAACCCGGUUCGAAGAUGAGACGAGAAAGGUACCUGUCAAUUUUUAUUUCUUCGUUCAUAUUCGUGCUAUAUAGUUUCGUUGGCAUAUCGGCUCACAUCAGCACGUAUCUGAUCGUCCGCAAGAACGCUGUCGACGAUCAGUUUAUCGCAAACGUCACCUGCGAGUCUCUCCUUCCAUAUUACUAUUACUAUCCGUUCGACAUGAGCACCGUGACGGGGUGUUACUACUCGCUGACGUACAUGGACAUCUGCCUCGACAUAUUCGCUUGGUACAUCGCUACGUCGGAUAUGUUAUUCGUCGGUUCGCUUCAUCUUCUAAAAACGCAGCUGGACAUUUUGGGAGAAGCGAUAAUCAAUAUCAGAAGGCGGUGCUUGGACGCGCUCGGGAUGCGCACCAGUUUUGAAAUCUUCAAAGACGAGUGGCACCCUGACCUCGAGAACACCAUGUACAACGAGCUAACGCACUGCACGAAGCACCUGAUGACGCUGUUGGACGUGCGUAACGACGUCGAAGAGAUCUUCACGUUUGUCACGUUGGCUCAGACGAUCGCUUCGUUGUUGAUAUUCGCGUCAUGCCUUUACGUCGCCGCUAGGGUGCCGAUGACGUCGCCCAACUUUUUCUCUCAGCUCGAGUAUUUCUGCGCCGUCCUGAUACAGUUUUCUAUUUACUGCUGGUUCGGUAACCAAAUCACCAGAGCGAGCGAGUCGAUCACGAGCGCCCUCUACUCGGCCAAUUGGUUCGGCAGCAGUCGGAGGUUCAAAAAAUCGAUGGUUUUGACGAUGACGCGGAUGCAGCGUCCUCUGUAUCUGUCGAUCGGCAAGUUUACUCCGCUCGCGUUGUCCACCCUGCUCGGGGUUGUCAGGGGUUCGUUCUCAUAUUUCACGGUGUUUCAAUCGGUCGGAGACGUGGAACAGUUGGAAUAGAAGCCUGAGCCGUUAACGUAGUCGAUUCGUAGAAGUUAAAUAAAUAAAAGUAAAAAAAAAUUCGAUCGCCAAUUAGUAGUUUCUUUCUUUCUUCGGAAACAGAGAAACCUUUUGACCCAAUUAACGUCGACAAAGGUCUGUUUUUCAGCGGAAACGAGUUCUAAUUGGGAUU